GUAAAGAUGGAGCUGAAACAAAGAAAUUUUCGCUCGACAAGUUCUUUCAUAAUGACUUUGAGAAGGGUGAAACCGAUACUUAUGAAGUGAGUGGUGAUGAUGUUGGGGCUGUUGUAAUGAUUACAUUGAAUAACAAUGGCAUGGGUGUGAAAAGUGAUUGGUAUAUUGCUAAAGUUAGUGUGGAGAAAGAGCUUAAAGGUGGAAACGAGAAGUAUGAAUUCCCUUGCUAUCGUUGGGUUGUUCAUCAGUUGGUUGUCUUUGAAGGCAAAGGUAAAAUUACAUACUUAUUGUACAAAAUGGCGCCUCAAAACUGA